AUGCCGCUGAUGAAAGAACGACAGGCUGAAUGUCAGAAGAAAAUUGUCCUUUUUGGUGUCGCUAUUAGGGAGCAACGUUCGAGGCGCAGUCGACAUCAGGCGUACUACUCACCAAAUAAUAAUAAGGAAGCAUUAUUCUAUAAUGUUUUAAGUCCGUAUUUGGAUCCCAGUGCACCACAACCACAAAUAGAAGUCUGUCCUGUAUGUUGUAGCUGUGGGAUUGGUGAUGCUGGUCAAGUAGGAUUACCUGGACCACCAAGAGAUCCAGGAGCUGAUGGAUUGCCGGGUAAAAAUGGUCGACGAGGUCCAGAUGCAAUGAAAGAACUAAACUAUCGCUAUCAAGAAUGGUGUUUCGAUUGUCCACCAGCACCAGCUGGUCCUCCUGGUCUACAAGAGCCAAAGAGAAUUCCUGGUCAACGUGGUAUACGAGGCGUUGAUGGACCAAAUGGCGUUGACGGAUUAAUCGGAUUCCCUGGAAAACCGGGAAAACGGGACCUCGUGGAAGUCUUGGAUUGA